AUGGAGCACAUCAAGAGAACAUUCGCAAAGGCCAAGGAGGAGAACAGAGAGACUCCCGACAUCAUGCUGGCCAUGGAGGCUGGCGGUGCCGACAUUAUCGAACUCGGCAUGCCCUUCACCGACCCUAUCGCAGACGGCCCUACCAUUCAAAAAGCAAACACACAAGCCCUGAAGAACGGCGUCAACAUUGUCUCGACGAUCCAGAUGGUCAGAGAUGCAAGGAAAAGAGGUCUCCGUACCCCCGUCAUGCUCAUGGGCUACUACAACCCCGUACUCAGCUACGGCGAGGACAAGAUCCUGAAGGACUGCAAGGCUGCCGGUGUCAAUGGUUUCAUCAUGGUCGACCUGCCGCCAGAGGAGGCUGUCCGUUUCCGCAACCACUGCACUAAGAUCGGUCUCUCGUAUAUCCCCCUCAUCGCUCCCGCUACAUCAGAGAACCGCAUGAAGCUGCUGUGCAAGAUUGCCGACUCGUUCAUCUACGUCGUGUCGCGCAUGGGUGUCACUGGUGCUACUAGCUCGGUCAACACUGCUCUGCCCGAGUUGCUCGACCGCGUUCACAAAUACUCUGGCGGUGUUGCUGCUGCUGUUGGCUUCGGUGUCAGCACCAGAGAGCACUACUUGAGCAUCGGUAGCAUGGCCGAGGGUGUUGUUAUUGGCAGUCAAAUCAUCCAGACUCUUGCCGACGCUUCUGCUGGUCAGGGUGCUCAGGCCGUUGAGGACUACCUGGAUGGCAUUACCCAGCGCAGAGAUAUCAUCAAGUCGCAACCGCGCGAGGAAGCUAGUCUUGAGAACACUGAGAGGGAGGAUCUUCCUGAGGAGAUUCACGUCGACGGUGUCGUAAAGGACAAGGACACUCCUGACGGCCCUGGUCUUGCCGACCAGAUCGAGGCACUCAACACCGACGGACCCAUGGACUCAAAUGCCAUCCCUGCAAGAUUUGGAGAGUUUGGUGGUCAGUACGUUCCUGAGUCAUUGAUGGACUGCUUGCGCGAGCUGGAGGACGGUUUCCAGGCUGCCAUCAACGACGAGAAGUUCUGGGAGGAGUACCGCUCAUACUACGAAUGGAUGGGUCGCCCAGGUCACUUGCACUUGGCUGAGCGCCUCACCGAGCACGCCGGCGGUGCAAACAUCUGGUUGAAGCGUGAGGAUCUGAACCACACCGGUUCGCACAAGAUCAACAACGCUCUUGGUCAAGUUCUUCUGGCUCGCCGUCUGGGCAAGACUGAGAUCAUCGCCGAGACUGGUGCUGGUCAACACGGUGUCGCCACUGCUACUGUCUGUGCCAAGUUCGGCAUGAAGUGUACCGUCUACAUGGGAGCUGAGGAUGUCCGUCGCCAGGCCUUGAACGUCUUCCGCAUCAAGCUGCUUGGUGCCCAGGUCAUCGCUGUCGAGGCCGGCAGCCGUACCCUCCGUGACGCUGUCAACGAGGCCAUGCGCGCCUGGGUCGUCAAGCUUGACACCACCCACUACAUCAUUGGCUCAGCCAUUGGUCCUCACCCCUUCCCCACCAUCGUCCGCACAUUCCAGUCCAUCAUCGGACGUGAGACUAAGGAGCAAAUGAUGGCUCUGAAGGGCAAGCUUCCCGACGCCGUCGUCGCAUGUGUCGGUGGUGGAUCCAACGCGGUAGGCAUGUUCUACCCCUUCUCCAACGACCCCAGCGUCAAACUUCUCGGUGUUGAAGCCGGUGGUGACGGUAUUGACACUGACCGUCACUCUGCCACUCUUUCUGGCGGCACUCACGGUGUCCUCCACGGUGUGCGCACUUACAUCCUGCAAGACAAGCACGGCCAGAUCUCAGACACACACUCCGUCUCGGCCGGUCUCGAUUACCCCGGUGUCGGCCCUGAGCUUGCGAACUGGAAGGACACCGACCGUGCCAAGUUCAUCGCCGCUACUGACGCCGAAGCCUUUAUCGGAUUCCGUCUGCUAUCUCAACUCGAGGGUAUUAUCCCCGCUCUCGAGACCUCGCACGCCAUCUUUGGUGCCAUGGAGUUGGCAAAGACGAUGAAGAAGGACGAGGAUAUCGUCAUCUGUCUUUCUGGUCGUGGUGACAAGGAUGUGCAGAGUGUGGCCGAGGAGCUUCCCAAGAUCGGUCCCAAGAUUGGCUGGGACUUGAGAUUCUAG